AUGGGUGGUAGCGUCGUUCAAGAGCUGUUACAGCAGAUACUGUCCCAUCCCAUACUGGCCGUCAGCGCCGUCGCUGUGCUCUACUUGGCAGGCCUCGCGACUUAUCGACUCUUCUUCCACCCACUGUCCAAAUACCCUGGACCGAAGAUCGCCGCCAUCACAGUCUGGUACGAGUUCUACUACGAUGCGAUCCAGCGCGGGAAAUACACAUUCGAGAUCCAGCGCAUGCACGAGAAAUAUGGGCCAGUGGUACGAAUCAGUCCCGAGGAAAUCCAUGUCAAUGAGCCAUCUUUCAUUGAUGAGCUGUACGCUGGAGGUGGCAAGCGAAGGGAUAAAUAUCCCUACUACAGUGGCCAAUUCGGCAUUCCCGACAGCGUCUUUGGGACUCCAGGACAUGACCUUCACCGUCUACGCCGUGGUGCCCUCAAUCGGUUCUUCUCCAAAGCCUCCGUCACCCAGCUCGAACCGAUUGUGCACACUGCCAUAGAGAAGCUCAUCUCUCAAUUGCGAACACAUGCAGGCUCCGGCAAGCCGGUGGCUUUGAACGAUGCCUUCAGCUGCAUGACUACCGAUGUGGUGAUGGAGUAUGCCUUUGCGAAAAGCUACGACUUCCUGGGCUCCCCGUCAUUCCAGCCCAAUUUUCACCGCGCCAUCAUCGCUGGGACGGAUAUGGGACCCUGGUUCAAACAAUUCCCGUGGCUCAUUUUCCUAAUGAACAAGCUACCAGAAUCAAUCGUCACCCGUAUGAAUCCCGAGGCAGCGAUAUAUGUACGCUUCCAAGAGGACAUCCGGCAACAGAUUCGAAAGACACAAGAUCGUCUUGCGACAGAUCAGAUGGAGGAAAUCAAAACCACUGGACCGAGUCGCACCAUUUUCCACGAAUUGCUCACAGGAGACCUCCCAGCGCAGGAAAAGCGACUCGAGAGACUCUGGCAAGAAGGCCAGAUUGUCAUCGGAGCCGGAACAGAGACUACAGCGUGGGGACUGAGCGCAACAAUCUUCUAUCUCCUCGAAAACCCUCUCCUCCUGGCCAAACUACAAUCCGAGCUCGCCGAAGCCAUUCCCGAUCCCACGCAACGAGUCUCCUGGAGCACCCUCGAACAACUCCCCUAUCUCAGCGGCGUCGUCAGCGAAGGUCUCCGCCUCUCUUACGGAGUCAGCACACGCCUCCAACGCAUCAACCCCGUCGGUCCUCUGCGUUGCACCACUCGCGACCUCAAGACGGGACGUGCUGUGCAGUGGGAAUUCCCUGCGGGCACGCCCGUGGGCAUGUCUGCGUCGUUGAUUCAUAUGCAUCCGGAGCUGUUUCCGGAUCCGACGGUGUUUCGGCCGGAACGCUGGUUGGAUGAGAAGACGGGGAAGAAACAUCAUGGUCUUGAUGGGUAUCUUUUGGCGUUUUCGAGGGGUUCGAGACAGUGUAUUGGGAUCAAUCUCGCAUAUGCCGAGCUCUACAUGGCCCUCGGAUUAUUGAUUCGACGCAUGGGCUCCAGUUUGCGAUUGUUCGAAACGACGAAGCGGGACGUGGAAAUGGUAUAUGAUCGAUUUGUGCCGACGCCAGAGGACGGGACCAAGGGGAUCAGGGUAUUAGUGCUGGGGAAUGCGAAAGAAGGAGAAUCAUUCGAAGACCAAACUAGUCUAGCAGCUGGUCCCGAACACAUUCAUACAUACUAUGUGGAAACACAGAAGAAGAGGCGAUUCAGGGCUUGGCUCACCCCUUUGGACUGA